AAUAGUGAAGUGGAAUCAGGCAAAGACAAGGUUGAGGAAAUUCUGGCAGUUAAUGGGUCAAGGAGAAGAAAGCAGAACAUUUUCCACAAGCAUUUGAAGAAUGUUGAUGGAGAUUCCGCAGCUAAACGACUGUCGAUUGAGUUAAAACCCUGGGACCAUUUUUGUUUCCAUGACCGGUUCACCUUCGGGGAUUCAAUCGACGUUUACUUCCACUUCGCACCCGAAACUUAUUCCCGGCAACUUUUCUACGAAUUCUACGUCGUGGAACAAUACGCUGGCGAAUAUCAAACUCUGCUCGGUUUGGCAAAUGCUCUGAACAAUGCCUCGAUUUCUGCUGUGGAUGAAGGAAACAGGCAGAAGCUGAGGGAUUCAACACUGAAACUUGUCAGACAGAAGUUGAGAAACUGUGAAUUGAUGCUGAGGCAGAUGAGAGAUGUUGAAGAGGCUAGUAGAAGUCAAGCUGAGGAGAACUUUACUUUGGUCAACUCCUGGUCUUGUUUUCAGGUGAUACCGUGAUGGAAAAACAUUGAUAAAACUGAUGCACUGUAUUGCUUCCGUGUGAUG